AUGAUCAGCGGCCCGUUUAUUCAUUUUGAUCCGACUGCUACGCUCCAGGCAGUCAUGAUGAGACACCCGACUUCUCCUCUAUCGAUUCCUGGAACAUCAACAAGCCCAAAUGUAGUCUCGGCUUCCGACAUUCAUUGCCGAGUCUGCGAAAGGCAAUACGAUGGAUCCCAACAUUUCGGAAUCGACAUCUGCCGAGCAUGUGCAGCAUUCUUCCGACGAAGUGUAUCGGUCAAGAAGACCUUCGUAUGCAGAAGAGGAACAAACAGUUGCCCGUUGAAUACAGUCUCACGAAAGACCACAUGUCAAAAAUGUCGUUGGAUGAGAUGUCUUAAUGUUGGUCUCCAAGUUGAACUCGUAUCCGGUCAUCGAUCACCUGACCAUGUGAAGCAGCCAUCAAGAGAUGAGGAAAAAUUCAAAAUGGAAGAAGAAUCUAUAAGAGACGGAGACGAAUCGGAUUCGGGAUCCGAGGGAAAACCAUUCGAUCGUAUGGAUCCAACACCACCUCAUGAGCAAACAUUCCAACACAUUCCACUUCACCGUCCAAUUCCAACAAUGGCAAAUCCGAAUCUUCUUCUGACAAGAAAUUCUCUUAUCAGCAAAGUGCUUCGUAAUUACGAAGAGUUUACAAAAAAUCGCCUCGAGUUGGAACUUUCGCUUCCACACAUUCAACAAGAGCAGAAAAUGUUUGGAUCAACUGGUAUUCCAAUCGUCAAAGCAACACGAGAGACAGUUUUUGAAAUUUAUCAAAAACAACUCGAGCUCCUUCACAUUUUCCUGAGAAGCACAUUUUCCGAAUAUGAAGAGUGUGAUGUGCCAGAACAGAAAAGAAUCUGUGCUCUCUUCUAUCCGGUUCUCUGGGAAAUCGAGUCAUGCUACUGGACAUACCGAAACAUGCCAGCCACUUCGGACUGCGAACACUUUUUAAUGUGCACCCAAACCACGUACAUUGAUGUUCGCGAUGUUGAAUACUGGCUGGGAAACACCGAUGGAAACAGUGCAGAGGAUAUUAACACCAUCAAAACCCGUCUCGAACGUCUUCUCCAAACUGCCAGAACUUCGAUUCUCGACAGAAUGCAUAAACUAAUCAUCAAGGAAUUCGAGUUCGUUACCGUUCUAGCUCUUAACAUCUGGGCUCCUCGUAAUCAUCAACAAAGCUGCUUAGACAAGGCAGCGGACCAUGUCCGUACAACUUUGUUCGAUGAUCUGCAUUACUUGUAUCAUGAUGAAUUGAGAAUCGAAAACUAUGCAGGAAGAAUGGGAGAGAUUAUGUGUCUAUUCACUGAAGUCCAGACUGCUGACUUGUCAUCUACCAUACAAAAUAUCUUCUUCUCUGAGCUCACUGCCUACAUCAACGCUCAAUGA